ACCUAGGAUCUCAGCACAGGCAUUGGAGAUCUGCCCCCUCUGUGUGGAAAGAAGUGAGGGUUUGAGGGCCACUCUGCAUUCUUUGCCUCAGCUGAAUGUUGGUUGUUGGGAGGUGUCAGAAGCUGUAUUGUCCCAGGCAGGAUGUCAAGGUUUGAGGUGCUGAGGUCAGGUGCUUCCAUUUUCCCUAGGUAAGAGCAGUGACCUCGUGCUCCACUAACAUGGCCUCAGAGAAGGACCUAGACAAGAGCUGGGAGGAGAAGCAGUGCCCAGAGAGUAAGAUGGAGCAGACCAAGUGCAGCCUGAAGAAUGAGGAGAAAGAUCUCAAGACAGAGAAUGAUAAUGAGGGGAAUGAUGACUGUGAUGAUGUUGAGUAUGAGGAUGAUGUUCAGGGUGAAGAUGACCAUGAUGAGGAGGAGGAAUAUGAAGAAGAGAUUGAGUUGCUCUCAGCCCCCUCUAUGCCAGUCAAGCAGCUGCCUCAGUGUCCUGAGUGUGGGCAGAGCUUCAAAGGGCACUACAGGUUGAUUGAACACCGCCGAAGCCACACGAGCGAGAAGCCCUUCAGCUGUGCUGACUGUGACAGGAGAUUCACAGAGCGCUCAAACCUCAUUGUCCACCGCCGAACCCACACGGGCGAGAAACCCUUCAGCUGUGCUGACUGUGACAAGAGAUUCAGGAGGCGCUCAAACCUCAUUGCCCACCGCCGAACCCACACGGGCGAGAAGCCCUUCAGCUGUGCUGACUGUGACAAGAGAUUCAUGAGGCGCUCAAACCUCAUUGCCCACCGCCGAACCCACACGGGCGAGAAGCCCUUCAGCUGUGCUGACUGUGACAUGAGAUUCACACAGCUCUCAAACCUCAUUGUCCACCGCCGAACCCACACGGGCGAGAAACCCUUCAGCUGUGCUGACUGCAGCAAGAGUUUCACUCACAAGUCUGAUCUCACCCAGCACGGCAGUGUGCACACCACUGAGAAGUCCUUCAGCUGUGGGGACUGUGGGAAGACCUUCAAACGCAGCUCCACUCUCACCAUCCACCGCCGCACCCACACCAGAGAGCACCUGUACCCCUGUGCAGAGUGCAGCAAGAGCUUCACCACGAGCUCACAGUUGAUCCAGCACAGACUCAUCCACAGCGGUGAGAAACCCUACAGCUGCAGGGACUGUGGCAAGACCUUCACCCGGAGCUAUCACCUCACCCAGCACCGUGGUGUCCACAGUGGUGAGAAGCCCUUCACCUGCUCUGACUGUGGCAAGAGCUUCACCCGCAGACACACUCUCACUUCCCACCACUGUACCCACACUGGCGACCAAGCCAUGCUGCAGGGCAAGCACAAAUAGUCCCAGCCCGGGUCUGUGGGGGUUAUUGCACCCUCACCCUGAGAAGGCCUUUCCAGCAGAUUGAACCAAAAUCUCCUCUUUUCCAGAUGCAUUUCUCAGAGGCUGGGGGCUCCAGCAGGAACCAACACCUCCUGCCCUGUUGAGCACCAAUCAGUGCUGCUGAGAAUCAUGGCAGUGCUGAGUCAGCACAGCCAGAGCUGCUGUUGGAGCUGGGCUGAGCUGUGCAGGGAUUUGUCUGGUUCUUUCCCCCUAUGCUUUGUGUGUCCCUGGGGUAAAGCCCCUCCUGCCCCGUGCCCAGGUGUGUCAAUAAAAGCCCACAGUGACCCAAA